GUCCAGUUUUAACCAAGUUUCUAGGACUCGGUGCAUAGUUUCCAUUCACUAUUUAUUUUUAGGUUUCUGAUUCAUAUAAUCAAUACUAGGUUCCCUGGAAUUGUUGGUUUCGUUACACUGUUCAUGUUUUUCGUUACUAUUUAUUCUUUGCUGUUUUGUUGAGGACUCAAAAAUGGAGAUGGCCCAAAGGCCCCUGGUAGCUCAAGCCACCACUUCAAGUCAGACAGCCAACACCAGUGUUAUAGAUUUGAGUACAGGUGAGGGUGGUCAAACUGGACCUACUGCCAUGCCACUAGCAGCGGCCGUUCUGCUCGUUGCUUCUGCGCUGUUCACCGACGACGGGAGGCAACGAAAGAAACCACCGCUAUCUCCAGCAGCGCCGCCGUGACUCGCCGUCAAUGCCAGUGGUUCCGAGUGACGUCCUAGUCCCGUCCCUCCAUCGCGCGUAGCAGGCCGGCGAAAUCAGAGAGUUGCAGCGGCAGUUCUCCCUCCUCGGUUAAGCUUUGAAUUCGUCAAAUUUCGAGCUGAUUCGUGGUUUCUAUACCUUCCGUUA